AUGCCGCGCCCAGCGACAACAGGCUACGAGCGGCUCGCGCAAGCCGACCAUAGCGACGAGUCCGACGACGACCCGCUGAUGGCCAGCUAUGCGUCUUUGCAGCCGGCAUCAACCAUACGCUACGCGCCGAUCGGCCAGCCGCGUCCACACUCGGGCAUGACGACCCCGAAGCGCCGAUCCUCCAUCAUCGGCUCUUCUUCAGCAGCCCCCGGGGGUUCCCGAUCCCGCCGUCGCGGACGCCGCAACUCGGGAGUCGAUUUGAAGGCCAUCAAUGCCCGGCUCGAGCGUUGGGCCGAUGAGAUCGCGUCGAAGUUUAAGCGGACGAGGAAGAAGAAAGAGGGGGAGGAUGAACGGCUGGAGAUACAUCACUCAGUGUUUGUGCCGCCCGAGGGGAUACGGCCGGUCACAGCCGAGCAGUUGAAUAACCCAGAACCGGGGUACAUGAGUAAGGAAGAGUUUGAGGAAAUUGUUGAGAGCGUGAGGACGGCAAUACGGCAGGGCGUGCAUCCGCGGAUGAUUUCUCAGGGAAGUUCGGGCAGUUAUUUUGCCAGGAAUCCGGAGGGGAAGGUGGUCGGUGUGUUUAAACCGAAGGAUGAGGAACCGUAUGCGGUUGGGAAUCCCAAGUGGACGAAGUGGAUUCAUCGGAACCUGUUUCCUUGUUUCUUUGGGAGGGCAUGCCUCAUCCCAAACCUCUCCUACGUCAGCGAAGCCGCCGCGUAUGUCCUCGACGUUCAGCUACGAACGCACCUCGUCCCUUAUACCGACGUGGUCUACCUCUCGUCCAAGUCCUUCCACUACCCUUUCUGGGACCGCUAUAACCACUCCCGCAAGGGCAAGCCGCUACCCGCGAAGCCUGGCAGCUUUCAGGUCUUCCUUAAGGGCUACAAGGACGCCAACCUCUUCCUGCGCGAGCACCCCUGGCCGGACCAAUACAUAGCAGGCUUCCGCACGACCGACCCGCACCGCAAGCGUCGCAGGCGCUGGGCCGACAGCUGUCGACCCAUGGGCGCUGCCCCGCCGGAUGAUGACGGUGAUAGCGAUGAGGACGCAGCGCACGAGAGUCCGCGCUCGCAGACCCUCAGCCCAGAGAACUUUGUCUGGACGCCGACGCUGAAGCAGGCGUUUCGCGAAGAGCUGGAAAAGCUGGUCAUCCUAGACUACAUCAUGCGCAACACGGACCGCGGCCUAGACAACUGGAUGAUCAAAGUCGACUGGGAAACCCAAUCCGUCUCGAUCCGCUCGGAACCCAUCCAUCUCAACAUGGACGUCUCCGACCGCGACCCCGCAGACGAACAGUCCGAUCCCGGGCCCCGCCCUGUCGACCUCUCCAAACGCCCACCCCCCAAGACCCGCGUCUCCUACCCCUACCGCCCGGAACGGCCCAUGGAUCCCUCCACGCCUCCUCCCUCUGGCCCCCAUGAACCCAAAAUCACCAUCGGUGCUAUUGACAAUUCCCUCUCCUGGCCCUGGAAACAUCCCGACGCAUGGCGCAGCUUCCCCUUUGGCUGGCUCUUCCUCCCCGUCGACCUCAUCGGUAGACCAUUCUCGCAAAAGACGCGCGACCACUUCCUGCCGUUACUCACGUCCACCGCGUGGUGGAGCCAGACGCAGGCCAGGCUGAGGAAGGUGUUCCAGGUGGAUCCGGAUUUUCAGGAGCGCAUGUUUGCCAAGCAGAUGGCGGUUAUGAAGGGGCAGGCGUGGAACGUGGUUGAGACGCUGAAGACGGCAGAUCAUGGGCCGUUGGAGCUGACGCGCAGGCCGAAGGUCUGUGUGUGGGAUGAUUUGGUCGACGUCCCGGUUGCCGUGCCGAUGAGGGUGGCGAGCGUAGAGAUGAGGAGACGGGCUGAGAGGUUGAACCGUAAUCCAGGGGCGGGGUAUAUUGCUGAGGAGGAGGAGGAGGAGGAAGAGGAGAUGGACAUCGCUGCUUUACACGGGCAGGACCAGCAGUCGGCGAGUGCGCCGGCUGGGACGCCCACGGGAGAUCUGUUGGGGAUGGCGAGCCCCUCCGCAGCGUCGAUGCCGACUUCUACGUCGGAGUUGCCUCACCCGGGGAGGUUUGAGUUGGCGCUGGCUGAUGAGCCCGUCUCUCCGGCGUUAGUGAACGGUUCCGCGGCAGCGUCGUCUUCGACCCCUUACCCAGAGGGACAUUCGUCCUUGUCAUCCAGGCAGGCAGCGCUCAACAUGUAUGCCCCGGGCCGCACACCAGGUAACGGCUCUGCCGAGCCUCAACGAAUAUGGUCCUACACCACCACCGCAGCUGCUCGUCGCGAAAGCAACAGCAUUGCCGCGCAGCUCUAUCACGGACACUCCCGGCACGGCAGCUCCAGUUCGAGUCGUGGAGCAGCAGCAAGGAGGUGGAGUGAAGACGAAAACUGGGACCGUGGAGUCGGUGGUGGUGGAGAUAGGGAUGAAGAAGAUGAGUUUGAGAUAGAGGGUGGGGAUUUGGGAUACGCGGCGGCGACGGGCAUGGAGGCUAAUAGGAGGAAGGUGAUUGUGGAACGGCUGGAGAUGGUGAAGGCGAGGAAUCCUGUUUUUACCUGGUGUUGA